GGGGAGAGGGGAAAAAGAGAGGUAAUCAAGGGGGCGGUGGAAAACGAAACGAGGAUGGAACGUCCGGGCCGGGAGGAGGACGGGAAGAAAGCGAGGAGGGGGCAGAUGAGGGAGAUGGUGAGCGGGAGCGGCGACGCCGACGGCCGACGAGACGCGUUGGAAAGCAUGUUGCACGGGGAUGCUUGGGCACGCAUCCCGUGGGAUCGCGCCCACGUAUCUCAAGCGCAGUGGGUGCAGCAGCAGAUCCGGGACGGGGAGUUUUGGCAGCGUGUCCAGUACACCAUCCUAGUCAUGUCGCCCGUCUACCAGCUUUUGCGCAGGAUGGAUAGAGUUGGGAUGAUGAUGUCCGUCGUUUACAAGUGGAGUCAGCAUCUGCUGCAGUUGAUGAGGAGGGUGGACGUGCUGGAGGACAUGAUCGAGCCGUGCGUGCGUGAGGUUGCCAUCCGCAACCUCCACAUGCUAGAGCCCGUACAUGCCGCGGCCCACCUCAUCAACCCACGUCGACGGUCCCUCACGUAUUACCAUUCGCUGGAGACGACCACCAAUGACCACCGUGUGGUCGAGGAGUGCGACAGAUUUCUCCAGGCGCAGACCGGCGGCAAUCCGGUCGGCUUAUUGUACAGGAGCGUGAGGGACCAGAUGAGGGUAUUCCACUCGAGGCGAGGGGAUUGGGGAGAUCGUGACCUCUCCGAUGCCGAGGCGGCCGAUUGCAGGGGGGACAGCGAGACCGAGCGAUGUGCAGCGUGGUGGUUUGAGCAUGGACGUGCCCACCCGGAGUUGCGCACCAUCGCCAUCUGUGUCAUGCACUUGUGGUUAUCUGCCUCUCCAGCGGAGAGGAACUGGGCGGAGCACGAGCGCGUCAGCACGGCGAGGCGCUGCAAGCUUGGGUUCGCCAAGCUUGCACAGCUGGUUGAGAUUGCCACCAAUCUCAAACUGGCCUCGUGCGCACGGCAGAGUGAUGACGACAUCGACUACGACUGGACUUAUGAUGAUGACACGCCGGUGAGUCGCGACCCAACGGCUGAGCGAGUGUACUUCACUUACGGUUGGGGUCGUGACGACAUGGAUUCAUUCACAUCAGUUACCACUAGUGAUGUACCGUCGACUGCGCAAGCAAGUGGCAGCAGCAGAGCCAGCGGUGGUCAUGGAGGACGUUCGCAUGCGGAGACAGGAGGGGGGGGGAGCCGUGACGUCGACGACUCGGGUGUUCCUAAGGAGGAGGUUCAGGGGGAGUUCGAUUAUGAGGGGCAGAAUGCCGCCGCAGGUGGUGGGUCAGGUGGUGGACGACGCGGCGAUGAGGAGACCGCGGGUGUCCCUGAGGGGCAGGAUGUUGUCAUGGGCGGUGGGUCCCCUAGUGGGGGCCGUGGCGACAGCGAGACCGCGGGUGAUGAGGGACAGGGUGCCGCAAAGUGUGGCAGAGGAGAGGGGAGACCCGGUGGAGAUGGGGAUACCACGGGUGUCGGUGGAGACGAUGGACCAGACGGCGACGAUGACGACGACCACGGUCCCGAGGACGAUCCAUAUAGGCUCGCCUUGGUGUUGAGGGACCCCAUAGUGCCUCCCUUGCGCCCUGAGGACACAGCGCACACUUUCUUCGACAUCGACGCUUUGGCGCACGCGUUGACGGAUGACCGUUUCGCACACGUGAGCCGCAAAAGUGGCAAGCAGCGGGCCCCUGGGAGGGUAUAUUCACCGCCGCCGUUCACAGUGCAGAACCCUCACUGGUUGGGUUCGUCGCUCAGCGACGUGAGAGGGAGGGACUCCGGUGUGGGCGACGUGGGGUCCGACAGACGCAGUGACGGCGGUAGAGAUAUUGCAGGAUCGAUGCCUCCACCGCCCGCACGGACUCCGGAGGCCAGGGUCGACACCAGGGACGGGACCGCGGCACCCGGAGUUGCGCAAGGUGGCGGUUCCCCGCCGACAGUCCGAGGUGGUGUGGGUGGCGGAUGGUCAGCUGUUCGUCGGGUCGGGGACCGGUUGCGGGCAGAUUACGACGUCGGGAGGGGCGUCUUCACGGGAUGUACUGCUGCUCAGACGUAGGCUGCGGAGGCUCUAUUGUCGUGAUUGUUGCAAAUUAUGUGCUUCUUCGAUGCCACGCACCUGCAUGUGCUGUUAAUUUCAGAUGCGACAUAGGGAUGAUGUGCUAAUGAAUGUGUUCUUACAUAAAUGAUGUGCUAAUGAAUGUCCAUCAGUCUC